CCUGCCUAACCUAUCAAAAAAUUUUCCGCUUAUAACAAUUAGCAACCUAUGGCUUAGCAAUCAACUGGAAAAGCUGGCAAAUUUAUUUUCGAAUUUAUUUUUUAAAUAAAAAUACAGAUUACAAAAAAGUUACGGGAGUGCUUCUAUGCAACUUACCAACUUGUUUGUGUCGAUUAGGAGCCGGGUAAAGACGAGAAAUCGACAACAUCACAAUCAAUCAUGAGUCCCGGCAAAAUGGGCGAAAAGAAACUGGUCCGAGUUGGCAAUUAUAUGAUGACAGGGAAAGUACUCGGCAAAGGACAUUUUGCCAGAGUAGAAGAAGCAGUCCAUGGUGUUCUUAAUGUCAAGGUUGCUGUAAAAAUUAUUAAUGUAAGCGAAAUAACGGAUCAUUAUGUCAAGAAAAAUCUGAAGAGGGAAGCUUCAAUUAUGUCCAAAAUUUCACAUCCAAAUAUUGUUUACCUCUUCGAGACGAUAGAGACAGAAAAAAAUUACUAUAUUGUCACCGAAAUAGGAUCAGGUGGCGAUUUGUGUACUUACGUUAAAUCUCAACGAUAUGGAAAAUUGGAUGAGAGAAAGUCACGUCCCUUGGCAAGACAAUUGGCAUCUGCUGUAGGGCACCUCCAUGAUAAAGGUGUCGUUCACAGAGAUUUAAAAAUGGAAAAUAUUUUACUUGACUACGCCAAAGAAAAAAUUAAGCUAGUUGAUUUCGGUCUUAGCAAUUUCUGCAAAUCAGGUGAAUUUCUCCGGACUCAUUGUGGUUCACCGGAAUAUGCGGCUCCCGAGCUGUACGUAAGCGGUCGUAGAUACGGAGCAGAAGUGGACAUAUGGAGCUUGGGCGUCGUCUUCUAUGGCAUGAUAAUGGGUAAGCUGCCAUUUCAGACACUCUACAAAGCGGGCGUAACACACGAAGAGAAACGGAAACAUCUAAUGGAGGAGACAAAACGUGGUCUGACGAUGAAACAUCAAAAAGCUCUUAUGGAUUGUUCGCAUUUAUUUCGAAAUUUAAUCCCGAAAAUGCUGAAUCCCAACUCGAAGGAGCGCAUUUCGAUGAAAGAAUUACAAAAGCACGCUUGGAUUUAUGGAAAUCAAAUUGCAGAAUUCCCUAGUCCCGAUGAGGAUUGGAAGCGAGAAAUAGGGUCGAAGAUUUCCAACUUUCUGGAGAUACCAUUGUACGAGGUGUACUCGCAAAUCUUGAAAGCGCCUUACGGGCCCAUCGGUGGAAUUUACAAUAUCGAGAAGUUGGCGCAUCUUAUCAGGAAGGUCAAGACGAUAAAUAUUAUUCCAAGAAUCGAUUUCAAAGUGUUGAAGGGGAUGUCACCGAAACGGGCAUCAAUUCGUCCAUUAACCUACACAAGCCGUGACAGAAUAAUUCAAAAUCCAGACAACGAAGGGCCAAAAAGACGCCCAACAACUGCUGAAGGUAUUCAAAUCCAGAAUGAACUGAAAGCUACAACGAAUUUCCAAAUAAAACGGGAAACCAAUCUACCAAUUCGCCGAGACCUAAACCACAGAAUAGGUGAUGGACGAUCACCGGAAAUGACUACCAAAGAGCGGUCUACAACUUCAUCCAAAAUGUUGAAUUUCCUCAAUGAAAAAAUUUCAAAAGCCUUCAGCAUAUACUCAAAACGCAACAAUAACUACAGCGAAGGAGAGCCAAGAUGUACGACAGACCGCUCAUACAUGAAACCACCACAACGCCCAGUUAUCGUUCCAUCCUUAGAGAGCGUAGCCAGGAAGUCUGCCGAUUCCAACCUAACUAGCAUUGCUGGCCUAUCGAUGCAUAACGACACCGGCUCGGAAAACUCGUCUGUAAAACAAACCGCCAGGACUCGAUUCAUAAAAUACCUGUGCUCCCCAAAAUAUCAGCGACAGUCAGCUGCCAUGAAGAAACCUCGUCCCUGCACUGCUCCAAACUGUUAUCCCCCAACUAAGCCAUGGGUGCAACCAAUAAGUCCAAAAAUUAGCCGGUCUGCAAUGCCAGUGCCGGCCGAACCAGCGCUACGACCUCCUGUGCUCAGCAAAUACCUUAACUUCAAUUCUGUGCAGCCAAGAAAAUCGAAUGCCCCUAUCAGUCCAACGACAAACAGUUCUAGACCGUCCACGUAUUUCUCACCGAGCCCCGGGUGCAGUAGGAAUGCAUCCUUUACAGCAAGCUCAAGGAGACGAGUAACAUCCGGUAUUCCAUCACAUACUGCAAAAAGAGCUGCUAUCAGGAAAGAGCUCGCUACUCGCAAUAAUUCUCAAGUGAAAUCAAAAACUUAAUCCUAGUGAUUACUGUUAGUGUUAAUAAAUUUUAUUAUUUUUCUUUCAAUUUACGGUUCACAGUAUAUUUAAGGUAUUGAAUUUAGUAAAUAAA